UCACGGCGUUGGCACAUGCUCACAUCUUAUCUCUGCUAUGGAUAGCCCGACUCGGAGGACGCAACGAGGACGUUAGUGCGCACCGUGCCAUCGGGCUACUUCACAGCUCGCAGCCCUUUAACCGCACCUGCCAUGACCGCUCGGCCUGCCGAAGUGUAUGCGCAGCAACUGUUCAAACUUGGCUAUGGUUAUCCUCUAUGGGAACCCGAUCCACCCAACGACGAACACGAGGUACUGAUUGGUGACGUUGGCUAUUUAAGGGAUGGAGGGUUUUACCGUCUUUUCAAUGCAAUGAAAGCGACAGAGGACGCGGACCUCGGCAUAGUGCACGACAGCCUGAGAGAGGCAAGUACGCCAUCACACUUCAGAACUUUCGACCUCGGCCCGCAUCCAAUAGUCCCCACAAAGCAGGCCAUACACGAAGGACCGCAUUUCAGCGACACGGUUCGUCAGAUCAACAUAGGAGGGGGAGCUGGAUCUCACAAUCUGAAUGUUGCCUUUCAAUGCGAGUGCACUGAUCAGCAUGGUGCCUUGGUAAUUCUGGACACUCCUGGAAUUCGCCAAAAGGUGCAUCAAAUUCGCCGGAUGCAGAAGUACAUGAAGGAGAAUAUAGACAACUGGCACGAAUGGGGAGCAAACGAGCUAGGGGUUGAUAUCUCUGUCGAAGACGUCUUAUUUGUUCUAGGAUGGGUGAAAACCAGUCGCUGGGCUGUUGUCGCCUUUCAUGGAAACAGCAGUCAGUCAAAGCUUACCUUCAAGGGCGACAUAGGCCUCCCCGUUUCUGCCGCCUUCCAUUUCGACGUAGCAAAUCACGUAACCGCGAAGUGCGAACGACGCGUAGGGCCCGAUAAUCGGCCUCGGUUCGACCCGAAUCGACCUUUAGGGCCACGCCCACAGGAGCCCCCGACUAUCCAGGCGCAGGGGUCACGACAUUGGCAGCGUCCCGCCAAUGAGCAGCCGGAGACAGAUCCAGCUGGCCCGUCUUCUCGGACAUGGGGAGGAGCACCAGAGUCGUACUCUUCGGACCAGUGUGUGUUCCUACACUAUCUCAAGCUGAAGAAACGCCGUUUUUUCCUUCCCGAUAAGAUCAAGGCCGCCGCCGAACCACGGGAUCCGUCCAUGGAUCGCGGUGCCGACGAGGACAUGGAAAUGAUGGAGGAAGUACCCUCUCGAGUGACGCCAUAUGAUCCUGUUACAUUCGUUUUGGAUUAUAUCCUUGAGAAUUCCGAUGCAGAAAUCGCAAUCGCCAGUGACUUAGACCUGUUGCAACUAUGCAAGCUUUGGUACCAGGGUACAUGUCCGAUUCCUGAUGAUAUACCCAGCUUCUUGACCGAGGUUCAACCCGAGAUUGAAGUCACCGAUGACGGACUCGGCCUGUUAUUUUUUGACGACGAUGAGGAUUCGGACAUCGAAAUGCAUAUCGCUGCAGGUCCGAAUGCCACUGGCACCCAAUCUGGCUCAAAGCCAAGCAUAUUCAACCCUGCGGAUCCAUUCGCGGAAGACCAUACCAAUCGUGGAAAAGUGUCUACGGGGGGCCCAGCACUGUCGAGAAUCACCGUGUUUGCCAUUGCUGCAGGGUUCGAGGACAACACCAUUAUCAUUUGGAAUGCCAUGACAUCUGCUGAGACGCACAGACCGACCUCCCAUCACGCUAUCUCCUCUCUCGGCUUCUCCCCCGACGGACGCAAACUUGCCUGGGGCCAAUGCGAUGGCGUUAUCGUUGUAUGGGACCUUGUCGAAGAUCAAAUGAUCUGGCGCACGGUUUCUCAUGAAGAUGAUGUCAAGUGCAUCGCAUAUUCACUGGAUGGAACGUUAGUCGUCUCCGCGGCGGGUAACUCGGUCGCGAAGCUGUGGCAUGUUGACACAGAUGAAUUGCGCGCGGAGACGGACGAACACAACGGUCUGAUCAUGGCUGUCGUGUUCUCUCCCGACAACAAGCGGUUCCUAUCUACGAGUGCGAACGGUACCGCAUAUGUGUGGGGCAUAGAGACCGCUUCGCGUAUCUGCGAUCUGCGGGGGCAUGAGGGGGUAAUCCACACUGUUGCAUAUUCCACCGACGGGAAAAGGGUCGUCACAGGGUCCGACGACGGCACUGCCGGAAUCUGGGACGCACUUCUUGGGACCGAGAUCGCGCGGCUCAGGGUAGGGCCAGCGGGCGUCACGGUUAGGGCCGCGCAGUUUUCUGCAGACGGGACGAAGGUUCAUUGCGCCGACAGCGAAGGGAUCAUCAGGACCUACGAUUCCAACGGCUGGGACCUAAUCAAUAGCAUAGACUGUGGCGACAAGCUUGCCACAGCCAUGACAUUCUCUGGGGACGGACGCCUGCUCGCAGCAGGUGGGGAGGACUAUGUCAUCACUGUGUGGGACAUGGCGGCACAACGGGAGAUCGUGCAGUUAAGUGGACACACCGACAGCGUGAACUACCUCUUCAUCUCUCACGACUACACCUAUGUCGUGUCCGCUUCAUACGACGGAACUCUACGCAAAUGGGAGCUCCCGGAUUUGACAGCAGAGACUUGAGAGGCUCGACAACGGAGAGAAGAACAGCAUACAUAGCGUGUUGCCGCCGUUCUUGCCUGAUUGAACCGCAAAUGGAACACCUUGUGGGGCUGUACAGGACAGUACACGGUGGACAUGUAACCAGAGAACGCGGUAAUUGAUGAGAAGCUCGUCUAUCGGGUAU